ACGAGUUGCGUUUCGGCAGCAUCAUGGGGGUGCAAGUGGCAAUACUGCUGGUUUUAUCACUUAUUUCUCUUGAUUCAGUUCACUGUUUGAUAUGCCACUGCAAGGAGUUCAUCAACGUAGAGCUACCAUCACUCCCUCCCGGCUGUUAUCCCAAUGGUACAUGUGCGACAGAUACCGGACAAUGCUUUGUCGAAUUGAAGAUUGCUGAAUUAGGUGGUCACAAGAGAUAUACGUAUAACUGUAUUGAGGACAACCCCGAUGAUCAAAGUAUAUAGAGUUCAUGCUACGUGUAUUUUAAACGUUCCCAGUGCCACACAAGUUGUCCUCUGUUGCAACAAUACUGACUACUGCAACGAAAACCUCAAUCCUGACGACAGACUACUCACAGACCCUUCCAUGUCUCUCACCCCUUCACCACAGCUCACUGAUGAGAGCCCAACCAAUGAAGAACAAAUGCAACGCACUAUUGGUCCAAAUGUUGAAGUAAUUGUAGGGAGUGUUGGAGCUGUGGUCAUUGUCAUUGUGGCUGUUGUUAGUGUCGUGGCUCUUGUCAUGUUUCUUGGGUUCCUAUACAGCCGCAGAGCUAGAAGGAUGAGUUCCAUCUAGAGUUUAAUGAUUAUUAUGACAUGUAUAUACAACCAACAUCACUGAAAUUCAUCAUUACCAGUAUAACUGUCAUAUAUAAGAAAACAAAUCUAUUUAGAACUGAAUGGUUCUUUGAUCAGUCAAGCGCGAUAAGAACAUUUGGUACUCCUUUGUGGU